AGGCAACCUGUUGACACCCUUCCUAGUGAGCUAGAUAUUCAUCAUGGAAAGGGAAGCUUGCAAUUACUUUGGAUUUGGAGCUCUGAUAUGCUUGGGUUCACUUCUGUUUCCUACUUAUGUUUAUACUGAUUCAUGCAUUGGGAAGCCUAUUAUAAUUAUAAAUGAGGAUAUAAACGCAAAUAGAGGAUUCACAAUCAUCCAACCUUUUGAUUCUAAUGCAACUUUAUUUGGAAAUGCACCCUGUUCAGGAUGCCCAGCACAGAACAUUACUAAUUUCUUGGAAAAAUACUGUGUAUUGGUUAUGGGAAAUAAUAAUACAGAAGAAAACCACCAAACUGGGAAACAAAAACAGAGUGAGCCAUGCCAAAAUUGUAAUGAAAGUGAAAACCUUACAGGAAACUGCACAGUUACAUGCUUCAGUCCAUCAGAUGUAUGUGCUGUUAACAAGACUCCAUUUAAUGAAAGCAUUUACAAAGUAACUACAUGUAUUAACCCACCAACAACAAGUGGAGCAUUCCCAACAACAUCAUUAUCAACUACUGCCCAUUCUACAGUAACAAGUGCAUCAUCAAAAACAUCAACGACAACUGCACAGUGUACAAAAACAAACACUGCAUCUCCAAAAUCAUCAACAACUGCACAGUCUACAGUAACAAGUGCUGCAUCUCCAACAUCCUCAUCAACUGCACAGUCUACAGUAACAAGUGCUGAAUCUCCAACAUUGUCAACAACUGCACAGUCCACAGCAGCACGUACUGCAUCUCCAACAUCAUCAAUAACUGUACAGUCUACAGUAACAAGUGCUGCAUCUCCAGCAUCAUCAACAACUGUACAGUCUACAGUAACAAGUGCUGCAUCUCCAACAUCAUCAACAACUGUACAGUCUACAGUAACAAGUGCUGCAUCUCCAACAUCGUCAACAACUGCACAGUCUACAGUAACAAGUACUGCAUCUCCAACAUCAUCAACAACUGCACAGUCCACAGCAGCACAUACUGCAUCUCAAAUAUCAUCAACAGCUGUACAGUCUACAGUAACAAGUACUGCAUCCCCUCAGCUACCUUUCAAAAAUGAUACCAUAAAAGCAGAAGAUGCUUCAAUGUUCAUGAGCAAUCUCUCAGCAGUAGCUGAUAACAUGACAGAGGGUCAGAUUGUCAUAUACAGCUCAGAGAAUGUCAAAGGGAUUGUGGUAAAACCCAGGAUAUCAAAAUCAAAAACUAUUGUUUUUGGGAUAACAUCAAAGAGAGUAAUGAUGAUUAAUGACAGCACAGCCAACUACGAAUUCACGGCAUUAGUGCGCAUUCCAGGAGAAGCUUUAGACAAAGCAAGAAGUGAAACCAACAGAAGUGCAUUUGUUAGUGUUUUUCAAUUUCAUGGACUUUCAAAGGAUGAGAACAACAGUCAGGUUUUUGCCAAUGAGGUCAUUGCCAUUGAAAUGGGAGCUAGAAUUUCAAAUCUCACAGACCGCAUAACAAUAUCUUUCACAAAUUUCUUGAAGGGUAGUGCUACUCCAUCUUGCAAUUCAUGGAAUGGUGAAGGUACAAGACUUCAGUGGAUCACGGAUGGCUGUAAAACUGAAAAUAAUCAAAGUACUAUACGUUGCAACUGUGAACACCUCACCUUUUUUGCUGUACUCAUGACCUCCGAGAGAACUAUCAGUAGCUCAGAUUUGAAAACCUUGACAUAUAUUUCCAACAUUGGCUGUGGCAUCUCACUCUUCUUCUUGAGUGUGGGGCUGUUCAUGCACUUUAUGUUAAGGAGAGCCAAAGCCAACAAAGCAACCAGGAUCCUCAUCAAUCUCUUCUUGGCCCUGUUCCUCUUGAAUCUCACCUUUCUAAUGAAUGAGUGGCUGUCCUCCAAAGGAAAUGCAAUAGUCUGUGCAAUCAUUGCAGGAGCAAUGCACUACUCCAUGCUCUGCUCCUUUACCUGGUUUGCCAUUGAAGCCUUCCAUUUGUAUCUGCAGCUGAUUAAAGUCUUCAACAUUGACAUCAAGCACUAUGUGUUAAAAAUUACACUUAUUGGCUGGGCAAUGCCAGGAUUAGUCAUCAUUCUCCUCGAAGGUCUGGGAAAAUAUGGUAAAUAUGACAUACAGAGCGAUGGUAAUCAGACUGCCUCAAUGUGUUGGAUCACAGAUUCCAAUGUGCAUUUCGUAAUCAACAUUGGUUACUAUGCACUAGUGUUUCUCUUCAAUAUAGUAAUUUUCAUUAUUGUAGUGAAGAGAAUAAUCUACCUCAAAAGGACCAACAUUGGUGGACCAAAUGAACAUAGAUUAAUAAAGACUAUAUACACUGUAAUGGGCCUGUGCUGUUUGCUUGGAAUAACCUGGGGCAUUGCAUUCUUCGGCUUUGGUCCUCUCCAAGUGCCAUCAUUUUAUGCCUUCAGCAUCCUCAAUUCUCUUCAAGGUUUCUUUUUGUUCCUGUAUUAUUAUAAAACAAGUAAAGUCACUACAGAUGGCCCUCCUAGCUUCUCAAGCAGUAAUACCAGCUGGAGUUCAAAAAGAGCUCAUUCCAAUAUUUAUGUAACACACACACCUGCCAACAGUGAUCCUUCAACGAAAAACCUCUAAAUGAAAAUUCUGAGCAUCAAGUCUAUAUUAAUCAUGUUAACUUAUCAUUAUAGACUUAGUAUAUACUGUAGGUAAAAUAUAGAGUAACAGAUGUGAUAUAUAUAAAUCAAGUCCUUUUAACAAAGAAAAGGCAGUCAUAACCUGAUGUAGGAUAUCUGCAAAAAAGUUUUUCUUGACAUCCAACCUAGCAGAGCUGAUUUUCUGAGAGAACAGGACUCACCUAAUAAAAGUUAUUUAAAAGGACACACGACUCAGUUUACUCCAAUUUACAUAUUUUUCUUUCACUAUACUUGUUCUCUAUUUAUAAAAACUGUACAUUCAAUACUUUAAUAACAGCUUUUAAAUUAAGCAUUUUUGUAUCUGUGUUGGGCAUCUUAUAUAAACGGACCAUGUAAUCCAAUGAAAUGUUGAAUAAAAUAAUCUGUCAUGCAUUUCCAAGAUUGAUUUUAAAAAAACCU